AUGUGCGACGAACGCACCACGCUAGAGGCGCCGUGUGUCGUUCGCCGACAUCACGUGCGACGGCGCGUAGGCGGCGGAACACGGGCGCUGGCGGCACGGCCGGCCCGGCCCCGCGCCGUGGCGUCGCCUUGCGUCAGCGCGUCCAUUACAUUUAACGACGCCUCCGCCGCGCCACCCACCCCGCCCGCACCCCUCCCCUCCGCUCCCCCCCGUCCCCCUCCCCCCGCGCUGUGUCCCCACAGCCUUAUCUCGCCGCCGCCGCCGCCGCCGCCGCCGCCAGGACGCGCCAUGCGAGAGCACUGCGGCGCGCGUUCUGCAAAGAGAGCGGGAGGAGGAGGGGGACAUUAUUCGGAGCUUUGUUCGCCCUCGGGGCGGCGGGGACUGCUUCUGUGGCCCACGCGCCUCGCGCAGCGCAAGGAGCGAGAUGGGCGGCGGCGGGGCGGAAGAACGAUUCAGAAAGCGACGCAGUGGCCACCGCGAAGGCCUCUGCCAGAGCGCGCAAAUUCCAGUUGCAAACCUGUUCUGCCAGGGAGCGGAGGAAAAACUGAUUCUCAGAAUUACUCUAUUCCGGGCCCAGGUGCAGACGCCAUGAAACGAACAGGUCAAACUUGUAACUCCGGGUCCGUUAACGAUCAUUGUCACUUGCACUGGAAACAUUAAUAGAUAGUCGAAAAUCAGAAUUUAUCGACAAUCAUUGCUUGAUACUGUAUAAAAUAAGACUCUACGUUGAAACCUUUCUCCAGAUUUAAUUUUGUAUGAAUAUUACCAGUUUCA